AUGCCUGCAAAUGUACUCCGAAUACAGGGGGGCAUGUUGCGGACUUGUCUUCCCUCGGCCCGCUCGAUAGCUCAAACCUACAGCAAGCAGCGACCAUUCUCUUCUCUUGGUCCACUGCGGUCGCCGGUAGACCAACAGAACCGACAUACGUCCCGAGACCGCUCGGCUACUGCAGAUGCUCCCUCAAUCCAAGAAAAGCUGCCAGACCCUAACCGCACGAAUCAACGGCUAAGCGAGUUUGACCUGCAUGACAAGGUCUUUGUCGUGACCGGCGGCGCACGUGGCCUCGGCUUAACAUUGGCCGAGGCGCUAGUCGAGGCUGGGGCGAAAGUGUACUGUUUGGACCGGUUGCCCCAGCCGGACCAGGAAUUCCGGGACGUCCAGGACCGGCUGGGUCCCAAAUACGGCGGCGAGCUGCUCUACGACAGGAUCGACGUGCGUGAAGCCGAGAGCGUGGAUCAGGUCAUUUCCAAAAUCGCCGACCGACACAAGCGGAUGGAUGGCGCCAUCACCGCCGCUGCCGUGCAGAAUGUGACUCCCGCACUCGAGUAUCCUGUAGACCAGAUCAUGGACAUGAUGGACAUCAACUACAAAGGUGUCUAUUGCACGGCCGUCAGCUGUGCUCGCCAGAUGAUCAAGUACAAUUGCAGCGGCUCGAUUUUGUUGGUGGCCAGUAUGAGCGGCCUGGUCGCCAACAAGGGCCUCACCUCGUCUGUCUACAACUCCUCCAAAGCCGCAGUCUGCCAACUGAGCCGGAGUCUGGCCAUGGAAUGGGGGAAGGUUGUCAAUGGCAAGCCUAUCCGAGUCAAUGCUCUGUGUCCUGGCAAUAUCAUCACACCUAUGGUGUCGAAGAAUUUCGAGGAUGACCCGAAACUCAGAGAGACGUGGGAGCGAGCAAACAUGCUCGGACGAAUCUCUGAACCUCAUGAAUACAGAGGAGCCGCUCUGUUCGCUUUGAGCGAUGCUAGCACCUUCAUGACUGGGUCUCAGCUUAUUAUCGACGGUGGCUACACCGCAUGGUAG